AUGUGCACCCUUAUAUAUAGGAUUUUCGGCCAACUUCGGACCGCCUGCCCCCGAAUUUGCGUGGAUUCAGGACCGCCCGCUUGGAACCUUCGAGACGACAGCCUCGACUCUUGGCCUCCAACGAGACUGGGCCAUCUCGCCAGGCGAAGGCGGUCUCAUUUUUUGCCACAACCGAGACGGGCGCGUCCCGGUUUAACAAUGCAAGCUCUAGGAUUUGGCCAGAGGAGCUUGGUGACUACGGCCUCGUUUUUUGUAUGA